AGUUAAUAGUUACUCUGCAGUUUAAACGAAACCUCCAAGAUGCAGAUAAUUCUUGCAAUUUUCCUCAUUUUUGCUAGUGGUAACCUAGCCUUAGAAACCACCACCACCCUGAAAUGCCAAGUGUGCCUAGACGCUAAUGAUGUUUACUGUCUUAACCAGACCUCAUAUCAAAAUUGCAUGAAAGGAAAACCCUUUGGCGAUGUGGAGGUGUGUCCUACGGGCACCGUUUGCACCAAUGAUGCUGAUGUUUGUGUGGAGAAACCCGAUGGAACUACAAUCCAGGAUGUUUGUGGAGAUGCAUCCACAUGUGAAUCUUGUACUGAUAGUAACAAGUACACUUGUGUCAGCAGUACUCAAUUUGCCAGAUGCAAAGGCACCACUCUGGUUACCUCCGCUAUCUACAGUUGCGAGGAAGAUGAAGUUUGUUACCAAGAAGGUUUAAAGACAUAUGAAACCAUUUGUGUGCCCUCUUGUGCCCUUAAUUAUCUUGAUGCAAAACCCUCUUGCACCAACAAUGAAUUUACCACAACCACAACUACAGCGGCUCCGCCCACAACGCCUAGCGAUGAUGAGGAACAGGAAAUAUGCGAGGCGGCAGCCAAUCCUUCAACAUCCAGCGAAGGCGCAACCACUGCCAGUACAUCCACCGCCGACAGCACAUCCACCAGCGACAGCACAUCCACCACCGCCAGCACAAGCACAUCCACCACCGCCAGCACAAGCACAUCCACCACCGCUAGCCCUGGAAACAAAUUCUUCUAUACCAAAAACACAUUAGAUAACACCUGCAACAGUUAUCUGUAUUGCCAAAAAGGCCCUAACGACACCAAAUGGGCUACAGUUUUCUUAACAUGUCUCGCACCCAAGCAGUAUUUCGAUUCAAAAACCUUGGGUUGUGUGGCAACAAAGCCUGCUGAUUGCUCUUAAAAUUUGAAACUUUUUAUUGAAUUUACCCGUUUAAAUUGUAUUUCAGUUAAACAAUUUAGGGAUCUUAUUUGUCUUGUUUACACGCAUUUUGGCCUAUAAUAACAACAAAUAUUGUAAAAUAAUAAAUAUUUAAAUAAAGUU